GAAGAAAUUAAUUAAGUUCCAAGAAAAUGAAGAUGUUUGCUUGUGCAAUUUUUGUGGCUAUGGCUAUUUUUUCAAUACAAGUUAGUGGUCAAUCAAAUAAUUGUCAACAAGUGAUUGUUGGAUUAGCACCUUGUUUGGAUUAUAUACAAGGGAAUGCUACAAAACCAUCAUCAGGAUGUUGCACUCAACUAGCCACUAUAUUGAAAAAUGAGCCACAAUGUUUGUGUCAAGUGAUUAAUGGUGGUGCUUCUUCUUCUUUAGGAAUUAAUGUCAAUCAAACACAGGCUGUGGCUCUUCCCAAAGCUUGUAAUGUUCAGACACCCUCUGUUAGUCUCUGUAAAGCUACUACUCCAUCUGGUUCUCCAGGAUCUUCUUCAGUUGGAUCUAAGGGUGAACCAAGUGGAAAUACAGGAUACACCAUAAAGCUGCCAUACUUUCUCUUGUUUACCCUUGUAGUUGCAGCAUCAUUCACCACCAUCUGAGAUCCACUUUUGUUUGCAGUGUGUUUUGGAGUUUGGCACAAUUUGGUUACGUUACUGUUUUUUUUUGUUUGUUUGUUUACUUUGUUAAUUUGAUGUAAACUUUGUAAUUCACUACGCUAAGGCAGAGGCUUUGAUGUACUUUGUUCAAUUUUGAGAUGUACUGUAUUAAAGAGACUUAAU